AUGCUGCAGCAGCUCCUGAUCACUCUCCCCACCAAGACCAACACCUGGGUGAAGUUGCACCAUCCCAAGAAGACCAAAGAAGGGGCGGCCCUGUGGGAGGAUGUGACUAAAAUAUUUGAAGGAGAAGCUUUGCUAUCUGAGGAUGCAGAUGAGACCCAGGGAGAAAGUUUAGAGAAUAAAGUGACCCCUAGGCCCCCAACGGCAGGAUACCAGGAACUGUUAACCUUCAAGGACAUAUCUGUGGACUUCACCCAGGAGGAGUGGGGGCAGCUAGCCCCCGCUCACCGGAAUCUGUACCGAGAGGUGAUGCUGGAGAACUAUGGGAACCUGGUCUCAGUGGGAUAUCAACUCUCCAAACCUGGUGUGAUUUCCCAGUUAGAGAACGGAGAAGAACCAUGGCUGACAGAAAGAGAAAUUUCAGGAGGUCCAAGUUCAGAUUUAGAGAACAAAAUAGAAACCAAAGAAUCAACUUUAAAGAAUGGUAUUUCUUGGAAAGUAUUACACUGUGGCCUGAUGAUGGAGAGGUCCACAAAAGGAAGCAAUUUGUACUCCACAUUGGGAAAAGUCUCCAAAUGUGAUAAGUUAGAAAGUCACCAGGGAAACCAAGGAAUAGGGGAGGUGCAAGUCCUCUUGAUGUGCAAGAAAGCCCUCACUCAGGAGAGAGGCCAAGAAUCUAACAGAUUUGAGAAAAGUAUUCAUGUGAGCUCAAAAGUUAUUCCAGGACCGGUAGGUGCUCCAAGAAAAAGAGUUCAUAAAUGUGAUACUUCUGGGAAGAGAAGCAGAUACAAUUUAGAUUCAAUCGAUCAUACGAGAAGUUAUGCAAAAAUGAAAACUUUUGAAUGUAAUAUUUGUGAAAAAAUUUUUAAACAGCUAAUUCAUCUGACUGAACACAUGAGAAUUCAUACUGGUGAGAAGCCUUUCCGAUGUAAGGAAUGUGGAAAAGCCUUUAGCCAAAGUUCAUCUCUUAUUCCACAUCAGAGAAUCCAUACUGGUGAGAAACCCUAUGAAUGUAAGGAAUGUGGCAAAACCUUCAGGCAUCCUUCGUCUCUUACUCAACAUGUUAGAAUUCAUACUGGGGAGAAGCCCUAUGAAUGUGGUGUAUGUGAGAAAGCCUUUAGCCAGAGCAUUGGACUGAUCCAGCAUCUGAGAACUCAUGUUAGAGAGAAACCUUUUACAUGCAAAGAUUGUGGAAAAGCAUUUUUCCAGAUGAGACAUCUUAGGCAACAUGAGAUAAUUCAUAGUGGUGUGAAACCCUAUAUUUGUAACGUAUGCAGUAAAACCUUCAGCCAUAGCACAUACCUAACUCAACACCUAAGAACUCAUACUGGAGAAAGACCAUAUAAAUGCAAGGAAUGUGGGAAAGCUUUUAGCCAGAGAAUACAUCUUUCUAUCCAUCAGAGAGUCCAUACUGGAGUGAAACCUUAUGAAUGCAGUCAUUGUGGGAAAGCCUUUAGGCAUGAUUCAUCCUUUGCUAAACAUCAGAGAAUUCAUACUGGAGAAAAACCUUACGAUUGUAAUGAAUGUGGAAAAGCCUUCAGCUGUAGUUCAUCACUUAUUAGACACUGCAAAACACAUUUAAGAAAUACCUUCAGCAAUGAUAUUUGAUACAUAUUCAACAUCAAAAGAAUUUACUUUGAAGCAAAAACCCUCUAAAUCAGUGGUUC